AUGACGCUCAAACGCAAAAGAUCAUCUCCCGAAUUCCCCUCAUCCCCGCUCUCGUUUUCCUCGGCCUCUAGUUCGCCUAGCAACGGUCCAUCCACAGUCGACUUUACGCCUCGCAUGGGGCUCAUCAACCCGUGCCAUCUCAACAGCCGCACGCUCAAGCGCCUGCGCAACGGCCGACCCUCCCAAGAAGAGAUACAUCAGCGCACGCUAGAACUAUUAUAUACCGCGCAGCACCAGCAACCAUAUCAAGAUCCGCCUUCGCCGUGUCCCAACGUCGAAGCUCCUCCCGAGCCGGAGCUGCCACAAAAUAGCCACGACAAUAAUCAGCAAUCGUUGCAUCGGUUCUGGAAUAUAAAGUCCCGGCCGACUGCGGCCCCGGACAGAACCAUCGAGCCAAUGCACAUGGACGAAUCCUGA